GCGCAUGCUCGGCGGCCGCCGCCGGGACCGAUCUGCCGCUCCGCGGGUAAGGAGGAGUUUCCGAGUCCCGUCAGCUGACGGGGGCUUAAAGGGAAGUGCGGGCCGCGCGGACGGGAGCGCAGCGCGGGGCGUGGACAGGUAGCGGGAGGGCGGCUGCAGAGCGUGUCCUUUGGGGGCCACCGAAGGGGCAGCAGCGCCGCGAGGCCUCCAGCCAUGGCCGACGAUCUGAAGAGGUUCCUCUACAAGAAGCUGCCGAGCGUCGAAGGUCUCCACGCUAUUGUGGUGUCAGACAGAGAUGGAGUGCCUGUCAUCAAAGUUGCCAAUGAUAACGCCCCAGAACAUGCCCUGCGACCUGGCUUUCUGUCCACGUUUGCCCUUGCAACCGAUCAGGGCAGUAAGCUGGGACUCUCCAAGAACAAAAGUAUCAUCUGUUACUACAACACAUACCAGGUGGUGCAGUUCAAUCGCUUACCUUUGGUCGUGAGCUUCAUUGCUAGCAGCAAUGCUAAUACUGGGCUGAUCGUAAGUUUAGAGAAGGAGCUCACGCCCCUGUUCGAAGAACUAAGGCAGGUUGUUGAAGUUUCUUAACCUCAUGCUACAGUCGGAGUGCAGCGUCCAUCUCAGCCCAAUGGACAGGAAGACUCAAUAAUCCUCAGUCCAGUAACAUGUCUCAGAAGAUUUCACAGCUCCUUUGUACACUAAGUAAAUUGUACAUAGUACUGAAUCUGAAAUGAUCUACAGGUGUGUUGUAGGCAGAUGUUACUUUAGACCACGCUUCUUGUAUUGUGCAGUGCUGGAGACCACCAAAUAGCUCCCAUGGAGUUUAGCUCAGCCAACUUAGCCACAUGAGCACAGUGCUCUUGGCUCCGUUGAGCAACCCACAGACCUUUUGCUUUAUGGGGCACCAGGCAUUCAGUGGAGUUUAUCCUCAGGUUAGCUACCACAGCUUACUGGGUAACAGAUGGAUUGGUGUUACCAAAGAUGUGGCUGAAGGAGUGUUGUGAGAGCCUGUUUGCUAGCAGUGAUGUAUCAGUACAAUCAAUCAGUAUCCCAUCCUGUUGGUGAUGCUUUGGUCAAAGAAUCUGACUAAUCUGGGUGUUGGCUGCAUCCUGCUUUCACUGAGAAUGCUUUUUCUAUGAAGGCUGUUGCUUUAGGGGUUUUCCUAACGCCCACAGGAAAGCACAUGAACCAUGUUUCACUUUGUGGGGUUUUUGUGUAACAGUUGUGAAGUUCUCAUGCCUUGUAGUUUUUGUGUGGAUUUCAUCAUGGGUGACACUCGGCUCAUUUACCCCUAGGUUUUCCUAAGUAAAUAAAUAUAAAUAAAAUGUAUUUUUAAAUGACA